UCUUGACAUAAACUAAUCAGAGAGAGAGAGUCAAGUGCAAAUGGCGAGCGUAACAGUACCACCGUCUUCUUCAUCGACACAUCUUAUCCACAACCUUCUCCGACUUCCCGAACCACCGUCUUCCUUCUGUCUCUUCCCCAGACCCUUUUGCUUCUCCGCGUUAACCUGUCAAUCAAGCCGCCGUAACAAGCCUCGCUUUCAAUCAAUCUCUUCAAAGCUGCUUCCUUUUCACUCCACUUCUUCACUCGUAGCGAAAUCCUUCUCUGCCAUCGAUGAGCCAGAUCUCGGAGAAGACGAAGAGAGCGAGGAAGUUGAAGAAGAAGAAGAUGAGGUGGACAGUGGAAUGGUAUCCCUGAGAGGAAGCGAGGACUCUGAGGAAGGUAAGGAGGAGAAGAUAGAGAAGAUGAAGAAGAAGGCUCGGGGCUCGGCUUUGAAGUUGACGAUAAAGGAGAAGAAGGAACUGGCUUCUUACGCGCAUAGUCUGGGUGACAAAUUGAAAUGUCAACUUGUCGGAAAAUCUGGAGUUACUGAUUCAGUGGUUUUCUCGUUCCUGGAGACUCUUGAGAAGAACGAGCUCUUAAAGGUGAAGAUACGCAAGACAUCUCCACAGGAGAUGGAGGACGCGGUUAUGCAUUUGGAGGAAGCCACUGGUUCUGUAGCUGUAGGGCAAAUUGGGAGGACGGUGAUACUGUAUAGGCCUAGUCCCACCAAAAUGAAGGCAGAGGAGAAGAAGAAGGAAGUUGAGAGAUUGUCUAUUAGAAGAAGACACAAGUUCUCUAACUCUAGACCAAACACUAGACCUUUCAGAAGAGAGUAUUCAGAGAGACCUGAUGGACGUGGACGCAGAGGAGGAAGUAGAGUUGCAACGGCUUGAACCAUUAUUAUUAGCUCGGUUUGUUUUGUUAUCACCUAAGAAGACUGGUUCUUAGCUUUUGUAUGCAUUUUUCAAAUUUUCUUCAAAACUACAAUCACAAACACGGUCUCAUUGAUCUGUAACUGUAAGCCAAAUUGCUGAGAUGCUGUAACCGUUUAUGAACAUGAAAUGAGGGUAAGAGUUUAAAGAAAUGUUAUGAUGAA